AUGGGGCUCUGGAACUGCAGGAAGAGGGGCCCUAAGGACAAGGACCCCGAACUGGGACCCCGAGGGCAGACCCCCACUGGGGAAGCUGAGAAGCAGCCCUUGGAGGAGUCUUUUGAGAAGGUCUGGAAGGAACGGGAGCCUGCAAAGCGAGGAUGUUCCCUGAGGUUUCUGGGGGCUUUGAAACCUCUCGGGCUCUGCAUCCGCUCUCAGAUCCUCAAGUUUGGCGAAGACUGGGUCUUCCUAUUCCUGCUCGGCAUCUCCAUGGCGAUGGUCAGCUUUGGCCUGGAUGUCACCGUCUCGAAAUUCCAGCAAGCCCACCUGUGGGUUUACGACGGGCUGGCGGACUCCGGCUACCUGCAGUUCUUCUCCUGGACUUCCUACCACGUGGUUCUGAUGAUGGUGUCCGCCGCUGCCGCCAAGUACAUCUCUCCCCAAGCGGCCGGCUCCGGGAUCCCCGAGCUGAAGGUGGCUCUCCGGGGGGUCGUGCUGCGUGAAUUCUUCACCUUCCGGACGCUGGUGGCCAAGUUGGUGGGGGUGCUUUGCACCUUAGCGGCUGGGAGCACCAUCUUCCUCGGGAAAGUGGGCCCAUUUGUACACAUGGCCUCCAUUCUGGCUUCAAUGCUGGGCAAAGUCAUGGUCAAAUUUGCAGGUUCUGCCGAGAACCCGGGGCGCAAAUACGAACUGUUGGUAGCCGGCGCGGCUGCAGGAGUAGCUUGCUGUUUCGUGGCUCCUGUUGGAGGAGUCCUGUUUGGGGUGGAGGCAACGGGCACCCACUUUGCCGUCCGCGAUUACUGGCGGGGCUUCUUCGCUGCGACCUGCGCGGCCCUCACUUUCCGCUUGCUGGCUGUGCUCAACAACACAAGAGAAACCGUGGCCAUUCUGUUCCAGACCAGUUGGCGCGUCGAGUUCCCCUACGACCUCCCGGAGCUUCUCUCCUAUGCCAUAUUGGGCAUCCUCUGUGGCGCAAUUUCCUGCCUCUUCCUCUUCUGCCACCGGAACAUUCUCUACUUUCUCCAGAACCGGCUGAGAAUCAAACGUUUUAUGGCGAACAACAAAAUCUUGUAUGCUGGGUUCGUCUCCCUGCUGCUAUCGAGCAUCACUUUCCCCCAUGGGUCGGGACAAUACAUUGGCGCAAAGCUCUCCAUGAAACAACUUCUGGAGACGUUCUUCAACAACCUGACCUGGGGCCUGGAGGAGGCCCCCCUGGGCAGCAACAGCACCCGCCAGCCCCCCAACCAGACCCACGAUUUCAGCUGGCUCCAGUGGACCCACCCGGCUCUCUCCUCCCUAGAGAUGGUCUCCUUCUUUCUCAUUGCUAAGUUCUUCAUGGUUCUCUUGGCUACGACCAUGGUCAUCCCGGCGGGAUUUUUCCUCCCUGUCUUCGUGUACGGAGCCGCCCUCGGCCGACUGUACGGCGAAGUCAUGGCCCAGAUUUUCCCGGACGGCAUCGUCUCCGAAGGGAUCCACAUGCGGAUCGUGCCCGCUGGCUACGCCCUGGCAGGCGCGGCGGCGUACUCCGGGGCCGUGACCCAGACCAUCUCGACCGCCCUGUUGACCUUUGAGCUGACCGGCCAGAUGUCCCACAUCCUGCCGGUCUUGGUGGCGGUGCUGAGCGCCAACGCCAUCAGCCAGCGCUUGCAGCCUUCCUUCUUCGAUGGCAUCAUCAGCGUCAAGAAGUUGCCUUUCCUGCCCAAGCUGGCCGUGGGCAAGAGUGGAGGCCACGACAUCUACGCCGAAGACUUUAUGGUGACCGAUCUCAAAUACCUGUCCCGGGAGAGCAAGUACAAAGACCUCCGCAGGCUGCUCAGGAUCUCCACCCUCAAGCAGUUCCCCUUAGUGGACUCUCAAGAGUCUCGCGUCUUGUUGGGCUCCAUCCGGAGGAAGCAUCUCUCCCAGCUUCUGUCGGCCCACCUUGGCCCGGAGAAGAGGUUCCAGUACAUUCUCAGCCAGUCGGACAAGGCUGCCCCAAACCCAGAGCUCAUGGAAACAGAAGAGCCCGACUCGCCCAAGGAAACGGAGAAUGUGCCUUGCGAUGCCCAGGAAAGUUGGGUGGAAGAGAUUAUGGAGGGAGAGGAAGAGGACGAGGAAAAGCUCUCCAAGGCCGUUCCGAGGAGCACCGGUUCUCUCACCCUGCAAGAAGAGCAUGGGCGACAUCGCCACAUGGUUGAGGAAUGGGAGUGCCGGCAGCUCCAGGAAACCCUCCGUCUGGCCGACGUGCCCAUCGAUCCGGCUCCCUAUCGCCUCUUGGAGAAGGAAACCCUCUACCAGUGCUACGACCUCUUCAACCUCCUGGGUCUCCGCACGGCUUACGUGACCAACAUGGGGUGUUUGGUUGGAGUGGUGAGUCUCGAGGAGCUCAAGGCCGCAGUCGAAGGGUGCGUCAAGGGCACCUUCGCCAGCCAGGCCACCCGCCACCAACGCCGGGGUCCGCACAGGCCUGACGAACAGGAGCCAAAACCACCUGGAGAAGAUGAACUCAAGAUCCCCGUGGCCUAG